UUUGUAGGUUAUGUUACCAACGAAUCCAAUUUCUUGGUUGCAAAAUGCGUUGAAGAACAAUUACUUUCCUAAGUUUCUCCAUCAUGUCAGAUUGCUCAUGGAAAGGCACUGCAGCAGAAGAUCUGGAUAGAAGCUAUGGGAAACCUCAAUAUCCACCCCUUCUUCCCUCUUCAUGUCAUGCCAUUCUAAUCAGACUUCCAGUGAGGACAAAUGCCAUACCCGAGCCAUUCCCUCGUCAAACUCACGAUGUAUGGAAUAGAAAUUACGUUCGACUGCCAUGCUCGCCUCAAAGCUUAUAUCCUGUUUCUGAAGAUGAACUGCAGAAAAGGUGGGAGAUAAUCCAAGAAGAACUUCAAAAAUCUAUCACCUCCUCCACUCAGUUAGAAACAGCAAUUUUAUCAUAUAAUUCUAGAUAUGCAUCUAAAUGGAACUUUCAAAGUCUUCACUAUUUCUUUUGCGAAACGGUGGAAGAAGAUGAAGCAAGAAUUUUUUUUGAGUCUAUAUUCCCGAAAUUGGCUCAGCUAGCUUGCAAUUUGCCGCAAAUUUUAACCGGUGGAGUGCCUUUGCUAAAGCAACAUUCGAGUGCUUCAAUUUCCCUGUCACAGUUGCAGAUAGCUUCUCUUUUAGCCAACGCAUUUUUUUGUACUUUUCCUAGUAGAAACACAUUAAAACAAACUGCGGAGUAUUCCAACUAUCCAGAUAUUAAUUUUAAUAGGUUAUUUGGUUGUGGUCGAGGAGAUAAAGAACCCUCCGUCCAAGAAAAAUUAAAAUGCAUCAUGAACUACUUUAGAAGGGUUGUCAAUGAUCCACCGACAGGUGUUGUAACUUUUUCUAGGUAUUAUGUUGUCAAAGAAGCUUUACCGAAUUGGGCUGAAGUACAGUCGAAGCUGCCGCGUUUGCACAUCUCAAGCGAAGGAACCAUCGAAGAUGAAGGCCAAGGCAUGUUACAAGUCGACUUUGCUAAUAAGUUUGUCGGUGGUGGGGUUCUCAGCAUGGGCUGUGUGCAAGAAGAAAUUAGGUUUGUCAUUUGUCCUGAGCUGAUCAUAUCUCGGCUUUUCACUGAAUGUCUUGAUGACACAGAAGCUCUUAUUAUUACAGGAUGUGAACAGUACAACAAGUACACUGGUUAUGCAGAUUCUUUUUCAUGGGCCGGUGAUCAUAUUGAUACAACUCCAGUAGAUGAAUUUGGGCGCAGAUAUUGCACUGUAGUAGCAGUAGACGCAAUUUAUUACGCUCGAAAUCCCAGCUUACAGUUUUCUCAAUUUCAUCUUCAACGUGAACUGAACAAAGCAUUUGUAGGUUUCUCUUUUGGCCCCCCAAUUUGCGGUAUAGCAACUGGAAAUUGGGGUUGCGGAGUUUUUUGUGGGAAUGCAGAAUUGAAAGCAUUACUUCAAGUGAUGGCUGCAGGACAAACAGGACGUGAUUUGGCGUAUUUCACUUUCAAAGAUGACAAACUGCGAGAUUCCAUCUAUAAAAUGUAUAAAUUUCUCUGUGAUAAAAGAUCUACUGUGGGAAAAUUGUACAAGCUCCUCUGUAGGUUUAGCGAUCAUCGUGCCCAAAAUAAGAAUUCUGAUCUCUAUUCGUUCCUAUACUCUGAAUUCAAUGCACCAGCUCAGAGUAAACUAAGUUUUAGCAAGCCAACCUCAGAAAGAAGAAGUGAGAAAUUCGAACCCAGAAAAGUCCAGCCACCGAGGCAAACAACAAGUUCUUAUUUCAGUGCUAACUCGUCAUCAGCGACGGACUCGAAAUCAUGUGGGUUAUCUUCAGAUGAAAUCGACAACCUUUUGAGUUCAGUGGAUGAAAGCACUUUCAACUCAACACCUUUGAGUCAAAAAGGGACCAGCAGUCAAAUUAUAGUCGAUGAAAGUACGAAUGGGACCUGCAGCCCCAAACUUACAGAAAGUCAAGUCAUUGAAGACUCAGAUCAAGAGACUGACGUCAAUUUCAAGGAGAUAAAGACUUACGUCUUAAGCGAGGAAAAAGAUAGAAAGGUCUGUCUAGAAAAACAUAGGAAUAGCUGGAAUCACAUUGAUUUUGGACCCAAAACUGAAAAAGGUAGUCCCAAAAACGUUGAUUUUUCCACUGCAGAUGAUAGGAUGGAAGGCUGCAGUGUUGACUCAAAUCAAGAAAGGUCUUCUCUUCUUGCUUUAGGAGCCAAAGACUCAGACUCUAUCAAAAAGUGCAGUGCGCGUAUCGAUAAAGUUCAACUGAAAAAUAGUGAUUCAAAACAAUCUGCAAGUCGCUCGAUAUCAAAGAACGUGCAAGACAAGGCAGCUACUGGUGUCAAAAGAAAAAUUUCAGACUAUUUUCUCCCUGUAUGAUGUACAAUGCAGGUUUCAAUUAUUUUUUAGGAUUUAUCAAUGCCUGAAAGAAACUUCUAAGAAGUAAAUAUUGAAGGUGGAGCUCCCAAACUAUGUAUCUUGUUUGCGGUGUUUACAAAGCUCUGCUCUUAUUUUAUUUGUUCCAAGGAAAACAAAUCAACAUUAUUCCUUGAAAUUCUUCUUCAGAGUCCUUUCCCACAAAAUCAUGGAGAUUUUUAAGAAUUGAGUUGAGUUUUUAGUUCUCCAUUUAAAAAAUUAAGUAUGACAGGAAGUCUGCAACAUUAUUGCAACAGUCAAUUUCUGCAAUAAUUGAGAUACAAGGUAUGGGAGUUUCACCAUCGAUAUAUUUUAUGCCAUCCUGUUCCAAAAAGUAUAUCAUUUAGGAAAAUUUGAAACCGUUAAUUUUGUUGUAAGGUUGUUAAUUAAUUUUCAAAAUAACUUUUGUAUUAAUAAUUUAUUCAUCUCUUCAACCAGCAGACUGAUUAUAUAUUGAGAUUAUGUUUUUCUUGUUGAGGGGUGACAAGACAAAGCUGAAAUGGAGUGGACAAUGUAUUAUGAUUUCUCUCUGAAUCCUUUGUCGAUUUAGAUAUAAAAGCAUUGAAAGCUCCAUGACGAAUGUAUGUGCUACCCAAUCAAAAUACAUAAAAAAAAUAGUACAAAUCAGAGCUGUGAUGCUGCCUAAUUUCAGCUUGGUCUUGUGGCGUCUCUGCUACAGAGAUAUAAUUUCAAUUAUCGACCUCUAGCUUUAAAUUUAAUCAGCUGGGACUUUUUUAAAUAUCAUAACUCUGUUAGGAAAUUUGUAAUUUGAGUAUUAUCUGCAUAUGUGUUUAGCCUCUUGUCCACCACUCUGGUCAGAUUGACCUGUGAAAAGCACCCCUCCCUACGCUUUUGUAAGUGUCGAUCGCUCUUUUCUUUAAUGGUCACGACAAGUGCUAUUUUCAACUUUUAAGAUUCGUUUUAUUCAGAAAAAAAUUGAUCAUUAUAAUAUUUUAGUCUUUCAAUCAGUAAAUGAUCAGAAGUUUCAAAGCUCCUCUUAUCUCCUGAAUUUUCAUUAGAUUUGCAAUGUGUCUCAGGGAUUAUCGCUUUACUUCCAGUUUUCUUUGUUUAUCAAUUUUCAUCAUUUUCAAGUGAAGAAUGCUAGGAUUCCUCAAAGGGUCCAGUCGAAAAAGUGAAAUUUUGGUUACCUAGGGACUAAGAUUAAAGAAAAUCAGAUACCUUGUGGUGAAAAUUUCACACUCUCAUGGCUAAGGAACAACACAACCCAUCUGCAAAAUGAUAAUUUUACCGGACCAAGAACAAACUUCGUCAUUUUUGUAAUUUUGAGGUCUUGUCUGCAAUUGGUGUAUGCAUUACAGCGUCCCCAUGCAAAAUUGAAAAAACAUCAGCCAACAUAUUUCAUACUUUAGAAUGCUGCAUGGUCGCUAAUUCAUUUUCGCCAAAAUUUUCAGUUAGGUGGUACUGUUCCUAAGCUCUCGAUAUGGCUUGUUCCCUGUGGAGGUUGAAUGCAGCUGCAAUGUGUCAUAUAAAUUUGGACUGAGUUACCAGUUACCUACCUGUCUGUUAUGUAAAACUUUGCAUUGAAGAUCCUUAGUUGAACAGGUUCAACCAAAAGUAUCCUACCAGCAUUUCUCGUCGCCUACUUUUUUCUCAUGUUUAUUUUUGUAAUAGAGGAUUAAACUACUAAAUGCUUUUAAACUGACUGUGAAAAUCCCCUAGAUUAUGAAGAUAGAUUAUUGCACCUUCCUGACAUUGAAUUACGCGCAAAAUGCCUGCUAAAUUCUAACUGGCCAUCAAUUCCUGUUUUUUCUCUAUGGUUCCAUCUCUUUUAAUAUGUAUUUGGGAUUAACUAGGUUUAUCUUGGAUUUUGAACCCUAAGUCUCAGGCGUAACCCAGUUAUUGAAAAUUUUUUAGCAGGCUUGUCACUUUUAAUUUAUAUUCUGAAGUUUUCCUCAUAGUCAGAGUGUUGGCGAUUACGCCAGAGUGCAUUCAAAUUCAGUCUAAAACUGAUGUCUCAUUACAAUUCAUCCAAGCACAAAUUAUCUUUGAAAAUAAUUUAGCUGUUUGGUGCAACACUAGUUACGACCAGUCAGAAAGGCAACUGUAGAUGCAUUUUGGGUCUAAUGGAACCCCUGAUUUUUUGCUUCCAAGCUCCGAGAUGCCAUGAAAAUCAGACCGAGAUUUGUUUAGACCAAUUAAAUCAAUCGGUCUAGUCAACCGUUUCCAAUUCAGUCAAAUCGACUGAAUUGGAAGCGGACGUUGAUAAAAUCACCAACACUUCGUCUGAACUACUCGUGAGUCAAAACGCAAUCUGUUUGUUUACCUUAUAGUUAUAGGCAUUAAAUAAAUACUUUUAUGAGGCAGGUAUGUACAAUCAUUGAAUGGAUUCUUUGUGUUAAGCAUGAAACAUUACUGAUAUUUUUAAAAUUGUUAUUUUGUUUUUAAGUAUGUUACUUUGUAAAACACAUUUUAAUGAGAAAGUAAGAAUUGGAAAUUUUAAUCUUGUCCUUUUUGUGAAAUCUUAGGUAGUCAACACACAUUUUACGCUCUUGACGAAUUCAUUAAGUUAAAAUUAAAAUUAUUAGCUCAACCAAGGAAAACACAAGUCUCUUGUUCUAAUGAUCGAGAAUCGGACAGAGUUUAGCAGCAACGCACCAAGUCCCAUCAAGUUUGAACCGAAGUCUAAGAAGAAAGUUGAAUGUCUAUGUUCACGUUCAGAAUGCCUUAUCUGGACUUUGAAUUUUUGAUAAAAAAAAAAAGCUCUUGGCCGGCGGAACUAUACACUAUUUCCAAGUCAUUUAUUUUUCAAAAUUUUGACUUGGUGAGCUGCAGCAAAACUUAGUCCAAUUAAUGUGAGGAAAUUCAAUUGCUUGUCACAGAAUUUUUUAAUGAGCUGAGCUCAAAGGUACUUUUCUAACAUGUGAUGUUGAAGAAAAGAGGAUUUGAAAGUGAGAAAAUGUGCUGCUUAGAGCCUAUGUACAUAAUAUAAAUGUUGCUGAGUUGCCACAGAAUUCAGAAAAUAGAAGUCCCCUAAUAAGAUAUAUUUGAUAAAGUUCCCUGACAUCUUGAGGUUGUGCCGGAUGGUUAAAAAGACAUAAAUUUAAAAAGUCUCUAUGGAAAAUUUGUCAUUUGAAACGUUAAACCCAUUCUAGAAAGCACAUAAAAGUGAUUUGAAAAUGUUUACCCAAUACUUUCAACAUUUUCUCUGUCUUUUCCUGGUUUUCCCUGACUUUUUAAAAUUUCCUGACAUUUCCUGGUAUCCCAUGACUGUGGCAACCCUGAUGCCAUUUUUCAUUUUAACGUGUAUGUUUUAGUAGAUUCCUAUUUUUUGUACGUCCUGUAAAAUUUGGCCAAUUAAACGAUGAGGGUUAUUUAGAAGCUCAGUUUACUCAAUAGUUUCAAUUUUUAUAAACUUGUUAAGUAUGAAACCAUUGUUCAAAUCUUGAGCUCUUCCUGCACUGCGUCAACUCUGCAACAUUCGCAUUUUGUGAUGUCAAUUUCCUGCCGAGUGCAUCCAUUUGAAUUCUUUCUUACCAAAGAUACCUCCUUUUAAAGAGCUUUUUCUAAACGUUCCUAACAACGAAAAUUUAAAAAAUUUAAUUUAUUCCUUUAGCUCAUAGACUAUGAAAAUCAAAACAAUUUGUGUCGGUGACCCAUUGUGCUGACCUCUGAAUUAAUAUAAUUGAAUUAGUAUAUAAAAUAUACCACAAUCUUUGUUCCAAAUAUUACAUACCUGAUGAGGAACAUUUAACUAACAGUCUUUUUAAAAGAAAGAAUGCAUUUGGCUCAAGUAAAGGAGAUAAAUGAAUGUAUCUUUUUUCAAUUGUUCAUUGUUAUUAAGAUGCGUUACUCAAUUUUUUCAAAAUUUUACUUCCUAGUUGUGGAUAUUUUUUUCUCUUUCUUUCUAGGAGAGAAAAUAAUGAAAAGGCAAAAACGAUUGUUUUUUAGUUUUAUUAAUUCCUCUCAACAUAUUGAAACUAAAUGAGGUGAUGUUGCUCUAUUUUUUCAAUUUUUAGUUGAUAUUUGUACAUUUAAAAGUGACAAUAAAAACAAAAAUUUAACAGAUAACAAUGUCAAAA